CCGGGCACUUCAAAAGCCAGGGCCGCACACCAUGGAGCCGGUGGAGGACACUGGAGAACUUCGGUUCACAAAUAAGAAAACUCUUUCAAGAAAUCAAGGUUGUUCAGCAUGGGACAGUCCCAUGACAAGCAAGGAGCUUGACCAACUUUUCGCUAUUCAUAAUCCAGGCUUUUCCAGAAGAAGAAAAGAUAAAGAUGGACACUCUUUUUAUAUGAAAAAAAUCUCUGUAACCACUGGCCAAACGAUGUGCCAAAAUCAGAAAUCUUAACAAAAAUGGGAGUAUUUUUAUUUUUUGUGACUUACAGUUUAAUCUUAAGCCUUAUACAAGGGCACAGUCUGUUCACAUGUGAACCAGUUACUGUUCCCAGAUGUGCAGGAAUGACUUACAAUAUGACAUUUUUUCCAAAUAUGAUGGGACAUUAUGACCAGGACACUGCAGCUGUCCAAAUGGAGCCGUUUCUUCCUCUUGUGAACCUCCACUGUUCUCCAGAUGUCCACACAUUUCUGUGCAAAGCAUUUGUGCCAGCCUGCAUUGAGCAAAUAUAUGUGAUUCACCCUUGUCGAAGCAUUUGUGAGAGAGUGUAUUCGGACUGUAAACAAUUGAUAGACACUUUUGGGAUGACCUGGCCUGAGGAACUGGAAUGUAACAGACUGGAGGAUUGUGAUGAAACUGCUCCUGUCACUGCUGGUGUAACCACAAAGGUCCAUGGAACACACAAGACCCCAAGGCAGGCUCGAAGGGAUUAUGGAUUUUGGUGUCCACGGCAUCUGCAAACCUCUAAUGGACAAAGCUACAAAUUUUUGGGAAUUGAUCACUGUGCACCCCCAUGUCCCAAUAUGUAUUUCAAAAAUUAUGAACUGGAUGUUGCCAAAAGCUUCAUUGGAAUAGUUUCAAUUUUUUGCCUUUGUGCUACUCUGUUCACAUUCCUGACUUUUCUGAUUGAUGUUAAAAGGUUCAGGUACCCAGAGAGGCCAAUCAUAUAUUAUUCAGUCUGUUACAGUAUAGUAUCUCUGAUGUACUUCAUUGGAUUUUUGCUGGGAAAUAGAAGUGCUUGUAACAAGGCAGAUAAAAAGUUAGAAAUUGGUGAAACAGUUGUUCUUGGCUCUCAAAACAAAGCCUGCACUGUCCUUUUUAUGGUUUUGUAUUUUUUUACUAUGGCAGGAACUAUAUGGUGGGUGAUUCUUACGAUCACUUGGUUCUUAGCAGCUGGAAGAAAAUGGAGCUGUGAAGCUAUUGAACAAAAGGCAAUGUGGUUCCAUGCAGUUGCAUGGGGCAUACCUGGUUUUCUCACCAUUAUGCUUCUUGCCAUGAACAAAGUUGAAGGGGACAAUAUCAGUGGAGUUUGCUUUGUUGGUCUCUAUGACCUGGAUGCAUCUCGAUACUUUGUCCUUCUGCCUUUGUGCUUUUGUGUUUUUGUUGGUCUCUCUCUCCUUUUAGCUGGAAUUAUUUCUUUAAAUCAUGUUCGGCAAGUCAUACAGCAUGAUGGUAGAAACCAAGAGAAGCUAAAGAAGUUUAUGAUUCGAAUUGGAGUCUUCAGUGGCUUAUACCUGGUACCACUGGUGGCACUUCUUGGAUGUUAUGUUUAUGAGCAGAUGUAUAGGAGAAUCUGGGAGACCACAUGGGUUUUUGACCAUUGUGCUCAGUACCAUAUUCCCUGCCCUUAUGAGGCAAAGACAUUAGCUAGACCAGAAAUAUUUUUAUUUCUGGUGAAGUACCUGAUGACACUAAUUGUUGGCAUCUCUCCAGUCUUCUGGGUGGGAAGUAAAAAGACCUGUUCUGAAUGGGCCAGUUUUUUCAACAGAAGUCGCAAGAGAGAUCCAAUCAGUGAGAGCCGAAGAGUAUUGCAAGAAUCAUGUGAAUUUUUCUUGAAGCACAAUUCUAAAGCUAAACAUAAAAAGAAGCACUACAAAUCCAGUUCACACAAACUGAAAGUUAUUUCUAAGUCUAUGGGGACUAGUACAGGUGCUACAACAAAUCAUGGAACUUCUGCAGUGGCUAUUACUAAUUACAAUUACUUAAGUCAAGAGAAUGUCACAGAAAUAAAAACAUCGCGAGAAACAUCUGAGAGAGAAAUGGAGGAAGCUAGAACAUCGACCCAAAAAGUGGAGGAGGAGAAUAUUGGUGGUGAACAUGUACUACAAAUAUCUAUUUCUAAACUGGCUAUGGAACAGCUGGAGAAGAGCAGCAAGACAGACAACAUGUAUGAUAUGAUUAGCUUAUCUGAGAGUAUGAGAAGAAUGGGUGAAGGAAGGGUGUCUCCUAAAAGCGAUUUUACUGAAACUCAGCCAUUGCAAGUCAGUAAUUCUCAGCUACCCAAUGUUUCACAACCAGACAGUACCAGAGACUCCAUAUCAAUGCUUGUCCACUCAGCUUCAAAUACUAGAAAAGAUCAGGAUUCUGGAAACAGUUUAAAUCCAUGAAAGAUCAGAAUUUCUACAUGAAUUAUUUCAGUCUAUGAAACUGUCGUGGGUUUGUAUUACACUGGAAGUUAGUGAUGCUAUGUGCCUUAUAAAAAUACCAGAUUCAUAUCCCUUGUUUUGCACUUAACCAUUAAGCUGCAUUGGGUUUAACCUCAUAAGAGAAUAAUGGAAACUGAAGUUCUAAUAGCACUCAACUGGACCAGUCACCAGCAAUUUAAGAGAAAAAGAAAUAGUUUUUUUCUUUUCCCAUACCUGAACAUGCUGUUAAAAUACAUUAAAAAUGUAUCAAAGACCAUUGUGUUAUUUUGAAGCAAAAAUAUUUAAUUUGUUUCAUGGAUGUCUUUCAAUCUUCCUAUUAACAUUUAUUUUUCUUUUUAAAGUAACUACAUCUUAAACAGCUGCAUCAUUUAGAAUAAUUAGAAAUUGCACAAAUCUAUGGAUGCAUUUGAUGUAUAUAUGUACUAAUUUUAGCAUUGUAUUAUGGUAGUUUCUACACUGAAUUUGAAAAUGACUGACUGAAAUUUUAAUGAUUUGUAGUUAAAAUUAAUCUUGUAAAAUAAGUUAUUUUUAUAAGCUCAGAAUUAAGAACUACUGUUUUGUUUAUGUUGAACAAAUCUCAUAAUUAUGGUACUUCCUUCAAGUACCAGUAAGGUCAACAAUAUUGUGCUGAUCAAAUGACAUCAUUUCCUUCUGAGCAAAUAGUUAGUAUGGGAUAACAUAAGCACUAAUAUAGCCUCCACAUUUAGGGCAAAAUUGUGUCUGGGCACUCCACAAAUGAGAGAGGAAAGACACCUUUUACCCCAAAACAGACUGAGGUUACCCACAGAUUAGCUCAUCUUGGGCGCAUCUAGAUAGCGGCGCUAUUUUGUCUUUUAAACAAGCCCAUUAUUUUGAAAUAGUUUUCAAAAUAAUGGUCUUGCUUUUCCAAUGUCCCUGUAAACCUCAUUCCACAAGGAUUGAGGGACAUUUUGGAAUUGU